UUAGACCACAUUGUCUUAUCAAGACGGCCCACUUUCCAGUGAAGUUUCUAAUGUGACUGACUUGAUACAUACGUAUACGUUAUUUACCUGCAGGCAUGUUUUAUAGCUUCUGAACUUACACCCAGAGAGAUGAGAGGAGCAGCUUUGAGUGGAUUGGUCGUCGUUCUCCUCACUGCACCAGUGAUUCAGAGUCAGAAUGGCUGGGGAGUGACUUACUCCUCUACUCCGAUCUGUGCUUUAAAAGGAUCAACAGUGGAAAUACGCUGCAGCUACACAUACCCAUCCACCACUGGUGAUGUAGUUAAGGAAAGAUUCUGGUUUACUAAAGAGAGUAAUGAUGUUUAUGUGGAUCUUACAACGGAUCCGGAGUAUUCAGGUCGUGUGCAGUAUGACUGUAAACCCAACUACUGCACUCUGAGAAUCUCAGACCUGAGAGAGAGCGACUCAGCUGUCUACAAGUUCAGGUUCACGACAAACCAAGAUGGUGGAAGAUAUACUGGUUCACCUGGAGUCACUCUGUCUGUCACAGGUCUCCAGGUGCAGGUUAUUGGAUUCUACUCAAACUGGGCAAUGCUGAAGUGUCAGAGCAGCUGUCAUCUACCUGAUCAACCUUCCUACGUCUGGUACAAUAAUGGACAGAACAUUCAGGGACAAACAUCUGAUUCUUAUUUACCCUACAUUAAUUCUGCAGACAGCUACUCCUGUGCUGUAAGAGGACAUGAGAACUCCAGCUCUCCUUCAGUGUCGAUGCGGGGGGAAAGCGGCUGGGGAGUGACUUACACCUCUACUAAGAUGUGUGCCUUAAAAAGAGCAACAGUGGAAAUGCACUGCAGCUACAGAUACCCAUCCACCACUGUUAAGGAAAGGUUCUGGUUUACUAAAGAGAAUAAUGUUUAUGCGGAUCUGACAAGGGAUCCGGAAUAUUCAGAUCGUGUGCACCAUGACUGUAAAAACAACAACUGCACUCUGAGAAUCUCAGAGCUGGGAGAGAGCGACUCAGCUGAGUACAAGUUCAGGUUCAUAACAUACCAAGAAGGAGGAAGAUAUACUGGUCGUCCUGGAGUCACUUUGACAGUAGCAGAUCCACAGCUCCAGGUACAUGUGAGGACUUCAAGAGUCGGAUCCCACCAACAGCCUGUCUGGGCAGAACUGACGUGUCAUAACAAGUGUCCGCUGCCUAAUCAGUAUUACUACAUCUGGUACAAGAACGGACAGGAAGUUGAAGAUAAAAAACUCAAUCCUAUAACAACAUCAUAUUUUCAUCUAGACGUAUUUAAUCCUGCAGACAACUAUUCUUGUGCUGUAUUAGGAUACGAGAUGUUCCCCUCUCCUCCAGUGUAUGGUCCAAAGCGUCCCUCUGUGUCAGUGAGUCCCUCUGCUGAGAUAGUGGAGGGCAGGUCAGUGACUCUGACCUGUAGCAGUGAUGCUAACCCAGCAGCUAAAUACACCUGGUACAAGGAGAAUGGAAGUCCAGACCUUCAACGUCUCAGUGAAGGACCACAGCUCGUCUUCAGCUCCGUCCUGUCCUCUAAAUCUGGACAGUAUUCCUGUACAGCUGAGAACAAGCUGGGGAGGAGGACAUCAGCAAACGUUUCUAUUAAUGUCAAAUAUGCUCCAAAGCUUGUCUCUGUGUCAGUGAGUCCCUCUGCUGAGAUAGUGGAGGGCAGUUCAGUGACUCUGACCUGUAGCAGUGAUGCUAACCCAGCAGCUAACUACACCUGGUACAAGGAGAACCAAACACUGCUUCAUGGACCAGAAGGAAAGUACUAUUUCACAUCCAUUAGCUUUAAGGACAGAGGGAACUACUACUGCAAGUCUGAGAAUCAAUAUGGACUGAUAAACUCCUCAACUCUAUCCAUAGAUGUCCAGUAUGGUCCAAAGCGUCCCUCUGUGUCAGUGAGUCCCUCUGCUGAGAUAGUGGAGGGCAGUUCAGUGAAUCUGACCUGUAGCAGUGAUGCUAACCCAGCAGCUAACUACACCUGGUACAAGGAGAAUGGAGACUCACCAAAAGCAUCAGGACAGAUCUUCACCAUCCCUGAUGUUAGACCUGAACACAGUGGGGAUUAUUCUGUGAAGCCCGGAACAGAAGAGGACGUCAGAAUUUCUGCAAUUAACCUAGGAACAUGGAAAUCAGUCAUCAUUGGAACAAUCCCUGCUGUUAUCCUCAUUGUCGUGUGUCUCUCUGUCUUCCUACUGAUAAGAAAAAAGAGAACCUCCAAGCACUUAGCCAAGCCUGGAGAUGGAUCAGACAACAGGGAACAGUCAGAGGAGCGGGAUGAACUUCACUACGCCAGUAUCCACUUCUCCCAGAACCAGACAGACCCUGUAUACUGCAACAUCAGACCAGCUGGCCUCCGCAGACACGAGGAGCAAGAAGAAGAAGACGAAGACGACAGAGUGGAGUAUUCUGCUGUCAAAUUUAACAGUGCCAGGACUCCGCCCAGAACCAGAGUGAAGCCACACAAAGACGAGAGGAGCAGCUAUGAGUUCAACAGCAGCGAGCGGUUUUGUUGUCUUCCUUCUCUCUGUGCCAGAAGCUCCACAGCUGACGUGACAGCCGGCGGUUGCCAGGGUCGAUGGCUGGCCCCCCGGCCUGUCCACCUUCACAGACCCCGCUGUGAGCUGGCUGGAGCUAUCAGCAGACUCACUUACAAGAGGCUAAUGCAGGGUCAGAACUGGAAAGUGACCUACAAUCCUCCUGAGACCUGUGUUUUAAAGGGAUCAACAGUGGAAAUAAGCUGCACCUACAGAUACCCAUCCAGGAUAAAUGGCCGUGAUACCGCAGUUGAAAAAACAAUCUGGUUUACUCGAGUAAGUGGUCGUGAGCCUGUGGAUCUGAGAGCAGACUCUGAGUAUUCAGGCCGUGUGCAGUACCACUGCGGUAAGAACAGCUGCACUCUGACGAUCUCAGACCUGAGAGAGAGGGACUCCGCCGAGUACAAGUUCAUGUUCACCACAAACCAACCAGGUGGGAGUUUUGCUGGUGAACCUGGAGUACCUUUGUCAGUCACAGAUCCCGAUCUACGGGUUGGGGUGAAACCAAUAGUCCACCAGGGUUAUACCAAGGCAGAGCUGAGGUGUCACAGCGCUUGUCGUCUCCCUGAUCAUCCUUCCUACAUCUGGUACAAGAAGGGACAAGAAAUUGAAGCAGAAACGGCUUCUUUUACAAUCUCCUUUGAGUGGUCAGACAGCUUUUCCUGUGCUCUUAAAGGACGGGAGGACUUCCCCUCUCCUCCAGUGUAUCCAGACAUGCAGGUGCACGUGCACGUAAGAUCAAAAUGGUUUUCUUCCUGGCCAGAACUGAAGUGUCACAGCCGUUGUCGUCUACCUGGUCAUCCUUCCUACGUCUGGUACAAGAACGGACAGAAAGUUCAGAAAAAAACAUCUGAUUCUUAUUCAGCCUCCUUUGAUCCUGCAGACAGCUUCUCCUGUGCUGUAAGAGGACAUGAGGACUUCCCCUCUCCUUCAGUGUGUGUCCAAGGUGAAUCCUGCAACAGAGUGACGUACACUGACAGAAGCAUCUGCGUCCCCAGAGACUCUUCAGUGGACAUUUCUUGCACGUAUAACAGUUACCAAGAUCAAGUUGAAUCCAAAUUCUGGUUCAGUCCUGAGCGUAAUCGAGGGCAGAAUCCUUCCCAGCCUGGAGACCUUAGUAAAGACCCCCAGUAUUCAGGUCGUGUUCAGGUAGAAACAGAGAGAGGACGCUCCACUCUGAGAAUCUCUGACCUGAGAGAGAGCGACUCAGCUGAGUAUCACUUCAAGUUCAUAACACCAAGCUUUGAAUGGAGGAGCAGUUUACCUGGAACAACUCUGACUGUCACAGCUCUCCGGGUUAAGGUGAGCAGAAAACUAGUCUACCAUACUUAUACCUAUGCAGAGCUGACGUGUCACAGCAGCUGCAGUCCAGCUGAUCUGCGUUCCUACGUCUGGUUCAAGAAUGGACGGAGAAUCACGAAGGAGCAAAGUUCUUCAUAUAAAGACCGGUUUUAUCUCGGAGACAUCAUCUCCUGUGCUUUGAAAGGACAUGACAAUUACAGAUCUUUGCCAAUUUAUGCUUUGAAGAUUCCCUCUGUGUCAGUGAGUCCCUCAGGUGAAGUCAUGGAGGGCAGUUCAGUGACUCUGACCUGUAGCAGUGAUGCUUACCCAGCAGCUACUUAUACCUGGUACUUGGAGAAGCAAAAACUUCUCAACAAAGAACCACAGCUUGUCUUCAGUACCAUCCUGUCCUCUGACUCUGGAGAAUAUUACUGUGCAGCUGAAAACGAGCUGGGAAAGAGGACAUCUGAACCCAUCUUUAUUAAUGUGAAAUAUGGUCCAAAGCGUCCCUCUGUGUCAGUGAGUCCCUCUGCUGAGAUAGUGGAGGGCAGUUCAGUGAAUCUGACCUGUAGCAGUGAUGCUAACCCAGCAGCUAACUACACCUGGUACAAGGAGAACCAAACACUGGCCAGUCCACUUCAUGGACCAGAAGACAUCUGCUAUUUUCCGUCCAUCAGCUCCAAUUACAGAGGGAACUACCACUGCAAGUCUGAGAAUCAACAUGGAGAGUUAUCCUAUAAGUCUGUAUUUAUAGAUGUUCAGUAUGGUCCAAAGCAUCCCUCUGUGUCAGUGAGUCCCUCUGCUGAGAUAGUGGAGGGCAGUUCAGUGACUCUGACCUGUAGCAGUGAUGCUAACCCAGCAGCUAACUACACCUGGUACAAGGAGAAUGAAGACUCACCAAAAGCAUCAGGACAGAUCUUCACCAUCACUGAUGUUAGACCUGAACACAGUGGGGAUUAUUCCUGUGAAGCCCAGAACAGAAGAGGACGUCAGAGCUCCACCUUACAUCUGAUUGUUGUAGCAGGAGCAUGGAAAUCAUCAGCGGUUGGAACAAGCACUGCUGCUGUCCUGGCUGUCAUACUGCUCUCUGUUUUUAUGUUGGCUAGAAAGAGGAGGGCUUCCAAGCAAUCACCUGAGCCUAAAGAGAAACCAAAACCCAGGGAACAGUAUCUAACUACUCAGAGAGCGCUGGCCAGUGGGCUGGAGGACAUUCACUAUGCCAGUGUCCAGUUCUCCAAGAAGCAGCCAGAUUCCCUCUACAUCAGACCCGCUCGGCUCCACAGACGGGAGGAGGGAGACAGCGUUGUGUACGCUGCGGUCACAGUUUAGAGAAGUCAGACGGGGAGGAUUCAGCUGCAUUGUACAGCACAAUCAACAAAAAACCCGCUGAACACAGAAGGAAUCUCCAGCCUGGUAUUUAUAUUGACUAGUCUGUUUAUUUAGGCUGGUAACCAUUGAUUGUAUAUAUUUCUUUGUGAAAAUACAGCAUUAAGAAAACCAUACAUUUCAAUUUUACAACAAUACCAAAAUUCCUUUUAAUUGUAAACUUAAUUUAUUUUACAUGUCUUUUGGGAGUCUAAUUAUUUAGAAGUACAUUUUAUGACACCAUGUUAUUUUGACGUUUUAACCCCCAGCAGAUACAACCCUCUACACUUGAUUGUUGUGUGUAACAAUCAAACUUGACCUGAACUAAACCUUAGUAUGAAACCUUUUCACUUGAAAUGACUGUGUCAUUGUGAGGCACUUUGGUGCAAAACAUGUUUGCUUUAACUGCCCUAUAAAUGAAAUAAACUUGACACGUAUGCAGGAUAAUGAA